UUGAUUGGCUGAGCCGCAUCACGUGAUGUGAUUUACAACGCAUUGGUCGGUGCGUUUCCUGCACCGCUCAACAAGUGCCGUAACAGCUGAAAAAGUUGCGACGGUUAAAAUAGAAGCGCCCUGUCAAAAUAAAAUAGAUUUUAGGUCCUGGGUCCGGAUACAACGGCGUCUGGGUCCGGAUCCGGACCGCGGUCCGCCAAUUGGCGACCCCUGCUUUAGAGGAUGGCAAAACCAAAGGACUCAAAUUGGAACCUUAUUAGUAUUUCAUUAAUGCGCCUUUUACCUUGUUCUCCAGUGUUGCUCCAGUAAUUAACGCUAUGUUGCGUUCUCUCUCUCUCUCUCACACCACAGGAAGCUUUCAAUGGAAGGCGAUUCCUCAGUCGAGGUAGUGCUAUAUAGCUGGACAUAAGCGCAGGCUAUUCUUAGUAUCUGAUCACACAAUAAUUUUGCUUUCACUCUCAACAACAUAACAUGUACUUUAUUUUUUUAAUUUUUUGGCAAAGCCGUUAUACAUGUGAAAAUGGAGUAAAUAAAAGCGAUGAUGAGCGGUAGCACCAAUGGACUGUUUUUUCACUAAAUUAUUGAUAUUAUUUGUUUAUGUGGAUGUUUAUUCAAUUAGCCCCACUACCAUUCUUCCUUAUUAAGAUGCAGGCCCUGCACACAAUUAACGAUUGCUGCCACAUCAUACCAUACAAAAUAACUCUGCUGAUUAAUUGUUGUCAUUGCUAUAUUAUUGUCUAUGAUUGGUUUGAUUGAAUUUGCUUCUUGAGUCACAUGCAAGGUGCUUAUCACCCGUGAACCCACAAAAUAAUUACUCGGGCUUAUCUUUAUGACCUUUGAAGGUAAUGUUCUGUGCCGUGCCGCCUGGCUCGGAGUUCCAGGAAACGUAGCUAAGGAAAUUCAAUACUGCCAAUAAUGAAUAGCAAUCAAGUCUCUUCGCGAUGGAAUUAAUCUCAGCACAGUGGCUUGUGCAAGGUCUAACCUCUUCACGGGAGGCACAGUGCAGAACCUCACCGAUCCACCAGCUCACAUACACACCUUCACACCGCCUUCCCCCAAUGUCUCCAUUCCCACAUUUCACACUCCAUUGAAAAACUGCCCUCUGAAUGAUAUAUGGGUGAGAACAGGUAUGCGGAUGUCAUUUUUCACCCUAUCCACUCACUUCCCUCUCUCCACGUCGGUAGAUGGUUGGCCUGGCUGGGCCCGGGGAUCUUGUGAAAUGCGAUUCCCAGCAUCUAUAUAUUUUUUUAUGGUUGAGGGUAAACCCACAAGAUGGAUAUGCUCCCUGCUGGCCAGAGCUUUUUGAAGAAAGCUCGACUGAUACCCUGCUGUCACAUGUAGGAGGCCUUUAUAUGAUUAGAUUAUUUAUUUAAGGGCUUUAACCUAAAGCAUAGUAUUCAGUUGUAGUCUUUAUCUUAAAAAUGUGUUUUAGAGUCUAUCCCUUGAGAUAUUCUUUGUACGUAUUUUAUCUUCGAAGGGGUGUGGUCCAUCAACAACAUCCAAUUUGGAGUCCCAUGAGAACAGGUAAUUAACGUUUAACCAGAACUUCAUCCGUGAACUGUGCUGAAAGUGGCACCACUGAUAAAACCGUGAAGCUCAUUUUACUUCUUUUAAACAGUUUGAUGAGGUGUUAACUCACAAAAUGAUAAUGGGAACCUGCUGGCAUCUGUUGUCUUUCUGCGCUUAUUUUGUGAUGCCACAACACUGUAUUUUCCCUGUGGUGUAAUAGCAUGAAUUAACAAGAAUCGAGUUUUUGUCGCCUAAAAGUGACACCAAUGUAGCUUUGUUGGCAUUUUCAUAUUUUCAUCUAGGCCUUGAUAUUAUUCUCUCUCCUUUUGCUCUCGUUUGCCGCCCGUGAUGUAGAACCGUGACAGAAUGGUCGACUGUAUGAGCAAAGUCAUGCUGCACACGGUCGUCUCAUGCUGGCAACCAUUCCUGGGACUGGCCCUCGUGGCUGUCUUUGUGGGUUCCACCCUGGGAUGUCCCUCGCGCUGCGAGUGUUCAGCGCAGACCAAGGCAGUUGUCUGUCACCGCAAGCGCAUGCCCACCAUCCCGGACGGCAUCCCGACCGAGACCAGAAUCCUGGACCUUAGUAAGAACAAGCUAACAAUGAUCAAUCCUGAUGAUUUUUUUGCCUUUCCUGGGCUUGAGGAACUUGACCUCAGUGGAAAUAUUAUCAGUUAUGUUGAGCCUGGAGCUUUUAAUGCCCUGUUUACCAUGCACUCACUCAGUCUCAAGAGCAAUCGUAUCAAGCUCAUUCCUCUGGGCGUCUUCACAGGCUUAACAAAUCUUACCCAACUGGAUAUAAGUGACAACAAGAUCGUCAUCCUACUGGAUUACAUGUUCCAGGACUUGCACAAUCUGAAGUUUUUGGAAGUGGGUGACAAUGAUCUGGUUUACAUUUCUCACCGUGCAUUCAGUGGACUUUUAAGCCUGGAGAUGCUAACCUUAGAAAGGUGCAACCUUACAGUUGUACCCACUGAGGCCCUUUCCCACCUGCAUAACCUGGUCAGCCUCCAUUUACGAUACCUCAGCAUCAGCACUUUGCAUCCUUACUCAUUCAAAAAGCUGUUCCGGCUGCGGCAUUUAGAAAUUGAUAAUUGGCAUUCUCUAGACCAUGUGCCAGCCAACACCCUGCAUGGCCUAAACCUGACCGCUCUGUUCAUAACCAACACCAACAUAUCCUCCUUCCCUUACCAAGCCCUGAAGCAUCUGCCCUACCUGACAAACCUCAACCUGUCCUUCAACCGCAUCAGGCACAUUGAAGGUGGGAUGCUGAUGGAACUGGUACGGCUUCAAGAGCUCCAUCUGGUUGGAACUCAGUUAACCACCAUUGAACCAUAUGCCUUCCAGGGCCUGCGGGGACUCAAAGUCCUUAAUGUCUCUCACAACCGACUGGAUACACUGGAGAAGGGUGUUUUUCAGUCUCCUGAGGCUCUGGAGGUUCUUCUGAUUGACAACAACCCCUUGGUGUGUGACUGUCGUCUCAUGUGGAUCCUACAGAAAAGGCACUCCAUCUUCUUUGGGGAAUCGCAGCCAGAGUGCAGCACACCUGAAGGGAUUCGUGGCAGGCCUUUUAAAGAGUUUAAGGAGACUCUCCUGUCUUAUUACGUGACAUGUACUAAGCCAAGAAUUCGUGAGAACAAAACACAAACAACCACUGUGGAUGAGGGCCAGCAGGCGAUGUUGCGCUGCAGUGCUGAAGGAACACCAAGGCCCCUGGUGUCCUGGUUGUCCCCACGUCGACGAGUUCUGACAAGUAGGAGCCAUGGAAGAGUUACUGUCCACAACAAUGGUACACUGGAGAUCAAGUCAGCAGAGGUGCAAGACAGCGGCGUGUACCUUUGCCUUGCCUCCAACAGUGCUGGGAAUGACACCCUGAUGACUUCAUUGGCGGUGAAAAGUCUGGGAUCACUGUAUGCUAACAGGACCCAGUACUACACAGAUCCCAGCAAUACCACUGCCAACGCCACGGCCGGUGUGACCCUCGGUUUAGACCUAAAGACUAUUUUAGUGUCAACUGCCAUGGGUUGUUUCACAUUCUUGGGAGUGGUCUUGUUUUGUUUCCUGCUUCUUUUCGUUUGGAGCAGAGGGAAAGGAAAACAUAAAAACAACAUUGAUGUUGAAUAUGUGCCUCGGUCAAAGUCUAACGGCACUAACGUUGACUCCGCAGAGGGACAAGCUGGUCCUCGUCGUUUUAACAUGAAAAUGAUGUAACUUAUUUUAUAGAUCCAAGAUUCUGGACUGUGGAAAUGCCCAAAGUACAAUGUAUUUUUGAAAAUCAGACUACUGAACUUCCCACUGCUUCUGGGAGAGUGGUAGUGAAAACAUUUGGGGCAUCAUAACAAGAUGAGCAGUAUCUUAAAUCACUGGAUGUUGACAUAAUGCUUGAAUAUACUGUGUUCUUAAAUACCGAAAGUCGUAGAAGGACAUCCUCUGACAUGACUGCCUGCGGGCAACUUCUUCAACAUGGAUAAGGAGUGAAUACUGUUGCCGCUAUGGGGACCUGAAGGGAAUAUGUGUCAUUUAUCAGCUUUUUGAAGUUUAUAUGCCCAAAAGAAGAACGUUUCAGUUUUGGGUUGGAUCUACAGACUUGGCUGAACCAUGUACAGUACAAAUUUGUAACUAAGCUAUUAACCUACUUUGUUUAGUCUUGCGCCAUGCUUAUUCACUGAACAAAUCAAUGAAGCAGACCAUCAUUUCCUAUGUUCCAUACUUUGCAUAUAUGUACCUAAUGCUUCAUUAUGUACAUGUAUAUUCAUUCAAAAGAACUAUUCAUAGCAAUAUUCAUGGGAUGCAUUAGCCAAAAUUGAUAUACCCGAUAUGUUCAGCAAGAACAUUUUUCAGACUUUUGAAGAUUCCAUGGAUUCAGGAAGGGCUUCUAUGGGUGAUUAUAUGUCCCCGCUCCCCCAAUUGACUCCUAGAUAUUAAUAAAUAUAUAUUAUUUAUCAAUGAAAAAAUAAGAAAAAAUAUUUUAUUUAUGUAAAAUGUUGAGCAUUUUACAAAAAUCAGUCCUCAAACAUUGUUCACUUGGAUUAACAUAACGGUGACCCAGUAUUGGUCAAAGUACCUAUGAACCACCUCUUUGUCCUAUUUUUGUCUCUUUUUUUAUUACUUUAACUGUACCGUUGCUGGUUGGCAAAAUACAUGUGUCAAUUUUACUACAGUGACAUUUGCAUAAUUCUCCCCAGUAGGAAAUUUGGACUUUGUUGUGGUAGUUCCUCAUUUUGUUGUUGAAUCAUUUAGAUUGUGAAAACUUCAAAGUAAAAGUAAAAAAAAAUGUAUGUGAAAUAAAUGAAGAUGUAUUUGUACCAAUGAGUCUGACUAAAUGGCUAAUACGUAAUGAAAUCUUCAGCCUCAAUGAUGGACAUCACAGUCCUCUUACGAGUAUUGAGGUAUGGAACAACAUGCAGCAAUGACAUAAGGAAUUUGUACUUUUUUCAUGAACUCAUGACCAGGUCUUUAAGUUUUCAGAAACAUUUUUUUAAAAAUGUGACUUGUCCACCAUUUGGUACAACAUGACAGUAUAUAAAAAUAUGAGAUAUGUUAUUACUUACAUAUACCGUACUUAAAAAUACCAAUAUAUUAAAGGAUUCUAACAUGCAAUGAUGCACAGCUGUAAUACUUCCCUAUAAAGUUCAUUCAUUUUGAUAACAGUAAUGUGUGAGAAAACUGUCUCAGUAUUGCUAAACUUUAAUAUUUUGUAUAACAAUAUGGACAAUCCCAUGACAGUACAUUACCAAACAUUUACUGUUGUGCUGUAUAAAUUUAUUGAAGUCACAGCUGGAUUACAAAAAUCUCUGCCAAUGCAUUUCAAUUCAGUUUCCAUAAAUGUACUAAGCCUACUUGUCAUAGGGAACUGCUCCAGUAAAACUGCAUAUUAUGCUACAAAAAAGAAAAAAUGUUACCCAAGAGCCAUUAAAUUGUUCUGAUGUAUGCUUUAAUCAGUAAUUGCCUCACGCAAACUAUGGUGAACCACCCACUAGUUCUGACUUGCACAGUGCAUACAGGUCAGCAUAAGUUUUGCACAUUACAUUUGAGUUUUCUCAACAAAAAAAUACAUUCAAAUUGACUGUUAAAAACUAACAAAUUUUUCCAAUUGAGUUACUUAUAAAUACAUGAGAAUGUUCUCUAAAGUAGUGUGUGAAACAAUCAAGGAAACUAAAACUUGAUCCCUUGUACAGUUUCUGAAACAGCAAUAGUUGCUGGGGGAAAGCACACCCAAAUUAGGUGUUGGUCAUGGAAGUGGUACAUUUUGAACAGAAGAUGGCCACACACUGAGCACCAAUUA